GUGCACGUAAUUUUGUGUGCAAUUUUUGGUUUUGUGUCCCGUUUUAACCAGCAAACAGUUUUAAUUAACUAGUUACGUUCCGCGGAACGAUGUCAGUGUGAAAAUUGACCUAAUUACCGGGAGUGGAUAUGUUUCGGAAACUAAAGGAAAAGAUCACCGAGGAGGUGAAGCAAUCGCCUCAAAGAUUGGAACAACUUUCCAAAGGAUUGCAGGCCGCAGUCAGUUCCGCUUCCUCGACCACAUCCGAAAUUUCCGGGAGUGAAAAUUUCUUCAGCAUUACAGAAGAUGAUACACCUCAAAAUUCUCCGUUACGCCAAUCACAAACCGUAAAUAGUAGCAGUAGUACUAGUACUCCUGUUCAGCAGAAUCAGGUUAACAAUAACUCCUUGGGUAAUAGCAGUGCUUCGUCUGGCUCGACACCCAGUGCUACCUACAAUAGUGGCAGCAACAACAACAACAAUAGUAGUGGCAAUAGCAACAAUCUCAGCAAUAGUUCGUUUCUUUCUAAUCUGGCAUCUGCAAAUGCGACCAACAACAAUGGAGUUUCACCCACCGUAAAUCGGAUCCGGCGCCUAUCCAAUUCAUCAAUGGCCAGCGAUGUGUCGUUUCGUUUGCCUGCUUACGACUCUCCAGCGAUCUACCACCUGGAGACUGACGUCGACGUAUCAGCCAGUGAAACGGAAUCGGUUUCAGGCGCAUCGACCACAACCAAUGGUCAGUUGGAUUUGGUGAGUAAGGACAAACUGUUUCAAGCUUAUAAGAAAGCACUGGAUCGCUACCAGAAGUACCGAGAACGGUACACCGAAUUGGCCCGUCGUUAUCGAGAACUGGAAAAGGAUAACAACAAGGCCCGCUCGGUGCUGGUAGAAACACAGGACAAAGCGCUGCGACGAAUAAGCGAGCUGCGAGAGCAGUGUUCACUGGAACAGCAAGCCAAAGCGCAUUUGGAUGGAGCUUUGCGGAUGGAAAUCGACGAGCUUCAGUGUGUGGUUAAAACGUUGAAAUCAAAACUAAAAGCCGUUAGUGAACGAACGGAGGAAGCGAGUGUUAAAACCGAAGAACAGGACUUGAUUACACUAGCUGGGGAUGACGUCGACGGAAGUCUGGAGCAGCGAAUUUCAGCAUUGGAAAGUAAGCUGGCAGAGGAAAUAAAAAUCAAGGAAAGUUUAGAGAAAGAAGUUGAGUUAUGCAAGCAGCGAGAAGAGGAACAAGCGCUAACCGUCGCUGAAAAUAAAAUGGCCAUUCAUUCGGAAUUAGAGAGCAAAGAAUCCGAGGUACGUAGACUCAAAGAACAACUGCAAAACAUGGAGAAAAGUAUGAAGCAAGCACUUUCCGAUAAGGACAUUUUGGGAAAAGAGGUAAAUGAGAUGCGAGAUAGACUAACGGCAACGGAAAAAGUAGCUGCCAGGGUAAAAGAUCUGGAAACUACGAUUGGUUCCUGUAAUGAUCAAAAGAACAAACUUGAAUCGAAGUUCGUCGAGUUCGAGCGCAAAAUACUGGACUUAGAAAAGGAAAAAACUCGAAUGAAAACAGCUUGCGUCAAUUUCGAGCAAGAAAAAGACGAACUGUCACGUAAGUUGGUGGAAAUGGACGCAAGUUUGAAAACCUCUGCCACCGAAAAGGAAACUUGUUUGGCAAAAAUUAAAGAACUAGAAGAUUUGGCUAAUAGUGUUGAUUCUACUGCGGAAAUUGAUGCUUUGAAGCAACAGAUCGUAGUUCUAACUGCUGGCAGAGAAGAGAUGCAGCAAACGGUUUCCGCCACUGCAGAAAGUCUUCGUCAAAAACAAGACGAAUACGAUAGCAAUGCUAAAGCCACCGCGAAUGAGAUUGUAACCCUCCAAAAUAGCCUGUUGGAUAGGGAAACUGUCAUUCGGCGACUGCAAGAUCAACUGAAAGAGCAGGAAUCAGCUCAGCAGGAAACCAGCGUCAGUCUUAAGACAGUUCAGACUGACCUUCAGGCAAAAUGCCAGAAGCUGGUCGAACAGGAGGACGAAAUAAUUAAAUUGAAAAAAACAAUUUCUUUGGAUCAAGAGCGGCUGGCGGAAAUUAGCAAAGCUUUGGAUGCCCAGAAAGAACUUCACGAUCGGGAUCGUGCUAGCAACGAAGCUAGUCUGAAGGAGGUUUUCGAUCAAAAUAAUCAUCUAACGUCGGAGUUGAAACAGUUCAAGGAUAAGCUGGAAAAGGUUAAUGCGAAGUUUAAGAAAAUAACCGAGGAAAAGGGUAGCUUGAAAUCACAGAACGAUCAACUGCUUGGGGAUAUUAAAAGCUGUAAGCAGGAGAUUAGUGGGUUGUUGCAACAGAAAGCUUCCCUAGCGGAAGAGAUUCGAAACGUAAAGAUCAUCAAUGAGAACUCAGAGUCGGAAGCUCUUCGAUCUCUGCAGGAAUCAAUGCGAGUCAGUCUAGCUCAGGCAGAUGAACGGUUGUUGGAGACGACACGAGAUCUUAACCACGUGAUAGAGUUAAAAUCGGAUGAAAACAAACGUCUAACCGAAGAGAAGGAAGAAUUGGGGGAAAAAUUAGACGGAGUCCAAAAAGAGAAAGAUGAUCUGGCGACAGAGGUUACGACUCUGAAAUCUAAAGUAGAGUCAUUGCGCAAUGAGAAGAAGGAUCUGGAGAAGACGCUUGAACGUGAAAUUCGUGAGAAAACAGAACUCAAAGCGCAAGUAACCAAUAUCCUGCAGGAAAUCGGGCGCCUAGAGGAGCAACUGAAGGAUGUAAAACACUCGCAUUCAAUUAUUUUGGACGAAAAACAAAUCCUGGAGGAGAAAAUUGAGCGGUUGCAACGUCAACAUACGGACGCGAAGAGCAAGGCCGACAAGGAAACCUCUCACAAGUGGCAGGCGAAGAUGAAGGAAAGUGAAAGUAAACUACAGAAGGUUGAGUGUGAAAAUUCCCAGCUUGCGGAAAAGAACUGUCUUCUGGAGGAAAACAAUCGUCGCACUUCGGAGGAGAAUAAGAAGCUACAAGCUGCGUUGCAGGAUGCCGAAUCCACCCUCAAGCACGAGAAGAAAAAAUCGAAGGAAGUGACGACCAGCAGCGAUGAAUGGAAAAAGAAAUGCCAGGAGCUGGAGGAAAAGGUUAAAACUACCACGGAUCAGUUGAAUCAAUGCGCUGGGGAUAAUGCAAAGUUGUUUAACGAAAAGGAACUGCUAGAUCAUCAACAUCGUUCGUUGCAAGAUGAAUUGGAAGCGAAGGAAAAGGAGAAGUUGUGUGUACUGGAUAGCAAUAAAUGUUUGCUUGAAGAGUUGACUCGAAUAAAACAAACGACGGAGCAGUUGGAACAGGAGAAGCAGACACUAACCGAAGAAUGUGAUGCUUUGAAAGCAGAGAUAGAAAAAGUGCGUUUGGAAAACGAUUAUCUUAAGGGAAAACAAAUCGAACUGAAAGCGAAACUGGAAAAAGAGAAGCAAUCGAUUCAGGAGCAGAACAAUGCUCUGCACCGUGAAAUUGACUCGAUGAAGAACAGUAACCAGAAACGUCUGCUAGAGCUGGAGGCAUUGAUAAAGAAGGCAAACGAUGAAAAGCAAUCAUUCAGCAAAAACGCUACCGAUCUGGAGAAAAAGUUGGAAAAUUACGAAGAGAUAAAAAUCGAGAACGAAUACCUUAGCACGUUGAUCAAACAGCUGGAAGGAGAGCUGCACUCCGUAAAGGAUGAACAAACAAAACUGCAGGCGUCUGCAUCAGCCAAAGAAACGGAAAUCAAUUCGUUGAAGUUGAAAGUUAGCCAGAGCGAGCAAAUAGUGGAGGAGAAGGAUCAGGAGAUUAAGAAAUUGAUUAACGAGUUUGUGGGAAAGGAAAACGAAAUGAAGGCUAAGAUACUAACGCUAGAGCAUGGUAAGAGCGAAGCCGAAAAACGACUUACAGAAGCGUUAGCGACGAACAGUAAAAAUGGGGAAGAACUUAAAGCGGAAAAGAGUAAGCAUGCAGAGUUUGUUAAGCAAGCCACUGAAGAGCAGCGUACUUUGGAGGAUAAACUAAGCGUAGCUGAGCAAGCACAGGAAGAACUUCGUAACAAACUCGAGCAAACGCAAUCUGAACUAGAGGAAGCUGCAAAACAAGCAAGUAUUUUGAAAGAACAGGAGACGGAUGAUUUACGACAACAGUUAAGAUCAGCUGUUGAGGAAUGUGAACGGUUGAAGGCGGAGUUGCAAAGCAACCGCGAGUUGCAGCUAGAGAACAAAAAUUACGUUCGCGAUUUAGAUGAGCUCAAAAGCGAACUAAAUACGGCAAUGGCUGAGAAAUUUGGCCUAGAGCAACAGAACAUGCAAUUGAAGGAGAAAUUCGACUCAUUCAGCGCAGAGACGGAGGAGAACGUUAGACGGUUUCAGGCGGAAAUUGAGCAGCUGAAACAGCAGCAAAGUGACGGUGGAGACGAAAGGAGUCGUGCAUACGACGAAAUGGUCAGCAAGAAGGAAGAGCUGGAGAACAAACUGAAGAAGAUCAUGCACGAAGUGCAGGAUGUGUCGAACAGAAAUUUGUUCCUGGAGCAGCAGUGUGAAAAUUUCCUGAUAUUGGAGCAGUCCAAGGAACGAUUGAAACUGCAGAAUGAGAAGCUUUCACGUCAGUUGGAUGAAACCUUGGUUUCAAUGCAUCGCAAUGAGGGUAUAGCAGCCAAUACUGAGUUCGAGUACUUACGGAAUAUUCUGUUCCAGUAUCUCAGCGGUAACGUUAGUGGUAAUAGCGUGACCCUUGUAAAGGUGAUAUCGGCUGUUCUGAAGUUCUCUCCUCAACAAACACAGGUCGUACUGGAAAAGGAAGCGCAUCGAAGGUCACUGAUGGGACAGAUCAAUAAUCUUCUAUAGCAGGAAAAGUCUAACGCUGUUCACCAACAGCUAUUGCAACCUCGUACUACUCAGUACCGGUACUAUUAGGCUAAACGGAAGGUGAAUAUUUAUUCGUUAAUUUGGUUGAAGGUUUGUAUGAUCACCGAUCUUUGUAUUGACGCUCCAGCGCUUAUUUGUUGUGACCAAGCAAAAUGCUCAGAGGUUCGUCCAGGCGUACUGUAUUUAUAGAAUGAUUCGCUAAGUAGGGUCUCAAGAGUAGAAUAAAACAAAAAUGAAUCGAGGUUAAUGAUUCGAACUGAACCGACAAAAAAAUACAUAGCAUUGUGUUCACCAAACAAAAAUUUAGUAAAGUUUUCCCACCCUUCAGUUUUAGUAUGGGUAGUUACCAGGCAGGAGCAAAGCAGAACACGAAUAGUAUGACAUAAUUGAAUAUUUAAUCUCUGAAGCAUGUAACAUAAUUUGAAAGCCAAUCAAAAGUUUUUUCCCUGGCUGUAUCCAGGAAAAAACUAUCUUCUUAUCAGAAUAAGAUCUAUUAGCUAAUGCAAAUAACAAAUACUAGCGUUUCAACAGGUGGCAACCGGAACGGUAUUGCCAAUUUUACGAGAAAUAACUAUUACGAUUACUAUCGCUCUUACUAACUGAUAGCGGUACAACUCAUUUCUAUAAAAAGAAAAAACAGCAACAUAGGUAACAUCUAUAUCGAUAACCCAUCCAAGAAACUCUAGUUAAAGUAGCUUAAUAGGCGCAAUCACACUCACACACAUGCUCUAGAUGUAGCUCCGAGGCUUCGGAUUAAAUCACAAGAUCCCGUCUAAACACACCGUCGUCGGCAGUGCAAUUCCCUAAAAUUUUAAAAAUCGCAUGCUUCAACGUGCUAAAUUAGGCUUAGAUUUGUUGGACAUGGUGUAACCAUUUAUUCGUUGUGCAUUUCUCUGUCUGUGACUUUUAUUUUUUCUCUUGUAUUUAAAGUUUAAUUGAUUAUUUUUGAUUGUCCAAUGCUUUUAAUACGUACCAAUAUAUCGUAACUAUAAUAUCUAGUACUUUUUAAAUUAUUUGGAAUUUAUUUUUGGUUGUAUGCGGUUGUGAUAGGCUAUACUUGUUUUCCCCAACGGAAGCAAUUCGUCGUGAUGCCUUCCCAUGAUUCAAGAUUGCAAAGCACACACUAUCAACGGUAUUGUUUUUUUGUACUAGUAACAUCUACAGGUUGUAUUUUAGAGGGCGCAACCAUAGGCCGCUUCUCUAAAACAAAACUUGGAGCUUAGUACCUUCUGGUUUCAUCUUCGUUGUUUUCAUCAUAUCGAACGAAUAGUUACUGCACAAAUGGUUGAUUUUUAAGAUCAGCGUCUUAUUUGUAAUGCAAAUUUUGAAGAACAAAACUAUAAGAAUCGUUUCUACGCACACGGAAACGUUUAUCUUUACUCGAAAAAUUUAAUAAAAAGUCAACAGUAAAGUACCAAAAGCAUCAGUUGUCGCGCAACUUGGUAGUAUUUCUAUUGAUUUCAGCGUAUUCAGAUUGAUAUAUUCGAAUAUAUGCGUGUAGUUUUGUUGCGACAACAGUAUUGUAUGCAUAGAAUUAAGAGUUUUAGUCUCAAUUAAUUGAAAUCAAUGAAAUUACAACUUAGUGCGCGGCGACCAUAACAUGCGCGGUGAAUGGUGCUUUCACGGUAAUCAAACUCCCAACAGUUUUGUCAGAAUUUGUUCUGUCAUUUUUACUGUGUUUAAUUAUUCGAUUUCAAAUUUAUAUCUUAUUUAUUCUGAUAAAUUUUGUAUUCUAAUUAAACCGAAUGGUUUCAUUCACUGGUGAUCAUGUUAUGCUUUUAGUUCAGAAUGAAUCUGAUCCAAAUGUAGAACCUAGCCGAUGAUGCAUUUUUGUUAAUAUUUUUAUGUAAAGUAACUUAUCUAAAAUAAUAACGCGGCCAUCACAUCAUAAUGCUUAUCCUUUGGAUAGAACUGCAGCUCAAGUAAUCUUUCUACGCAUUACAUUGCACGGGUUCUGCUUUCAAUUUGAACCCUAUUCUGAUUUAAAGUAAUAAAACCGUUGAUGUGUGAUACUAAAAAAUUCAAAAUUGAGCUAAAAAUUAAAAAUUGGGUCUGAAAUAACCAUAUGAUGCACACAUGUUGUAUGGAAUUUAAAAAUAAUUAGAAUCAAGGAAAAAUGUGUAAAAAUUCAUAAUAGAUGAACCGUAAAAUGACUUGUUAAAAAAUUUAAGGACUCCAUUUUCUGCGUGAGAAUAAAUUAUGGAAAGUUAUGAUGUUAAGAAAUCGUAAAAAGUUGUAUCUAGGGAAGAUUUGUUUAAAUAAUGCUAAUAAUUUGAAGACGAAUUAAUAUUAGUAUUUUUAUUUAUGCAGAUAUAGAAAUACUUACAUUACUUUUUUGGCAACAAUCCGAUGAUCGAUUCAAUGUUGAAUUUAAGUUGUAUCUCGAUGUUUGUCGAACUCGGACUGCCGUCCUCCACAUGCCCCUCUAUCGGAUUCUCUGCUGAGUUCUGCUGAUUCUCAUCCGAUCAAAAUUCUGUUCAAUAGCAUUCUUCUUGGCCUAGGCCAUUAAAUCUUCCGUUUGGUAGUCGUCGCAUUUAAAUCGGUUCGAGAAAUUCUGAAAAACAGAUGUUUAUUGUUAUACGUCCGCUACUGGGACUGUUAUGCGUUUGUAGCUUGGGACUGACAUAGUUUGAUAUUUUUUUUCAACAUUUUCGGAUGUGUAAUAGGACCUGGGAGAGUACCUUGUAGGCGGCAUUUACCAGCGUAAUACCGCGAUAGUUGCAGCAGUCUAGAUAACGCUUAAUAAUCGGUAAUCGAAUAUUAUAGAACUCAGCUUUCUCGAGAACGUUAUCAUUUCACAUAUGUCGGGGUUUAGUACCAAGCGAUUGUGUUUGCACCAUCCAGCGAAUAUCAACAGUUGCUCCUGGAGUGCGAGAGUGUCCGAAAAAUCGUUAACUUUCGAAAACAGUUUCAAGUCAUCGGCGAAUACAAGCCGAGGAUAUUUGAGCAUCAAGUUGACGUCGUUGAAAUAAAUAAGAAAAACCAACGGUCCGAGAUGGCUGCCUUGUGGGACUCCGGAAAAAAAGCGUUGAAAACCGGUGAGGUGAACCCAUCGAUAGACACAUUAAUAAUAAGAGCGGCCCUCCAAUGCCCAGUUUAUCCAGUUUUGCGACGGCGAUUUGAUGAUUCAGUUUGUCGAACGCGACAGAGAGGUCCGUGUAGAUAACGUCUGUCUGAGAACGGUCGUCAUGGCAAUCCGUUACGUACCUAGUGAGUGUUAGUAGAUUGGUAGACGUUGAGUGCUUGGGCAUGAAUUCGUGUUGCUCGUCAGCGAUGUAUUGCUGGACGAACGAGGAAACUGGCACCAUCACAACGAACUCGAAGAGUUUCGAUAAUGCACAUAAGGUAGAUAUUCCUCUGUAGUUGUUUUUGUUUGUCUGUCUUUUGUUCCCCUUCUUCUGUAUUGGAAACAUGUGGACGUAUUUCCAAGCAGAAGGAAAUAUACCUGAGCUAAUCGAGGAGUUAAAUAGACGUCGGAUUGGAGCAGCCAAGGCAUCGAUGCAGUUCUUUAGAAAGAUUGAAGGUGCGCCAUCCAGUUCACUGGAAGUUGAGCCGUUCAACAGGCUCUAUGACCAUACUGCUACACUUAACCUGGAAUGUACGCGCUAGUGUCAGGAAUCGAGUUUUCAGUACCUCGCAGAUAACGUCGAAGUCGAAGCUGGAUUUAGAGCGAUUAAGGUGGUGUUGCAGACUGGUGAUCGUACUAAAAACUAUUGUAGCUGGUUUGCUUUGGGCGUGUAUGUGGAGGUUCGCGCGAAUAGGUGGGCAAUCCACUUUCGAGGUCGGCACUCGGCAUAUCGGCGACAGAUAUUGUUCUGAUCACCUCUCGACGAGUAUUCAGUGGGUCAAGAAGGAUGGAUGGUACUAGGGACUCCAUACUGGAGCGCAAUACUCAAGAUUGGGUGGCUUAGUGCACAGUAGAGCACUUUGAGACAAUGGAUGUCGUAGAAGUUCUUGACGAUGCGCAUGAUAAAUUUGGGGUUCCUACCCAGGGCCUUUAAUUAUCACCGAAUUUCAAACAAAACAGAAAAUCUUUUUUCUUAGCAUACAUUGUUUUUUAUGCCUCUGAGUUUCGUAUGUACAACUGCACAGUGAUUUUCAUCAUAGUAUACAAGUUCAAUAUAUCGUGAAAAUAGAACAGGAGAAAGUGAUUUUCAAACCCAGAAGGUGAUAUUCACUUCAGAAAAAAAAACAUUUUUAAAUGCAGUAAAUGAAAAGAAAAAUCUUAUGUCCAACAGCUGAACGCAAUAGAUGCUAAAUAACAACAUAAAUUUUUUUUAUUGAUUUUCACUGCUCAAACGUGAAUAUCAGUUUGUUACAAUAUCACAGGGCGCUGAUAUUCUAUAUUCUCGUGCAUGAAGUUCAUGCUUGCUGUAUAUAGUUAUUAUGUACGUUUGAUCAAAGCAAGCAGAUUAUCAAUGCAAGGUAGACUGAUAAUCCAGAAGUUUGAACGUUAUGCUUAUGAAUAUUAACAGCACUGUUCCUACCCUACUAACACAGUUGUUACAAACCAGUUGCGUCAAUCGAUAUAUGACUAAUUUCAGUCGUAAAUAAGUCGUUGCAACCAGAAGUGCGCAAAGGUUGCUGCUUGGGAACCUUGUUGACAAUAAAUGCGAUGUUUUGGUUAAAAUCGAGCUUAGAGUCGAGCAGUAUUCCCAAGUGCUUGACAUAGUUUUUGCGGCGGAAAGGCACGUCUGAUAGCGGUUAGUCAAAGACGAGAAGGUUUAUUGUCCUGGAGAAUAUUAUAACUUCACAUUUGUCGGAGUUCAGCAGCGUGUGGUUAUCUAUGCACCAUUUCGAUUCAAAGUUUGCAUGAAAGUCGAUUGCUGCUUCUGCAGAACCACCGCAUUUGGACGGAAGCUCUACUUUUGCACACUGCUUUCUUAAGCAGAAUUUGUCAAUAUACGAGAUUCGCGGACAUUUGAGCAGGAAAUUAACAUCGUUGAAGUAGAUGAGAAAGGCCAAAGGUCCAAGAUACUGCCUUGUGGAAACCCAGAACAAGCAGUGAAAGAUCGUUGAGUGCCUUAUGUGUCCAUAUCCGCUGGUCCGGCAGAACAAAGGGAUGAAAUCAGAGAUCUCCACUGCCGACGGUUACACGCAAUGGAAUUUACCUGUCGCCAGCACAGGUUCUCGUCUACUGACCGGAUGUCGUUGGCAGAGUCGUUGCGGAGUCGUCGUCGUCGUCGUCGUUCGUUUAUCGUUUCGAUGUUGUGUGAGCAAGACAAUGUCGUCGCCUGUGAUAUGGUCUACAUAUGACCAUCCAGAGGAUGGUUCAGGAUUAUCUUACAGAGUACUUUAAGAGUAAUGCAGAGCAACGUGAUGCCACGCCAAUUACCGCGUUCAGUAAGGUCUCCUUUUCAGGGAGUUUCACCAAUAUGCCCUGCAUCCAGUCCUCCGGAAAAGUUGUAGUUUCCCAUACAUUGCUGAACAGCUGAUGCAUUAUCUGGGCUGACAAACAUGGGUCAGUUUUGAGCAUCUCGGCCGAAAUACAGUUUAUCCCUGGCGCUCUGUUCGAUUUCAUAAGCAGCCAUCAAUGCUUCAAUUUCAUCCAGUUUGAAACUCGGAAGAGGAUAUCACCAUUGGCGGCGGCGGGCUGACAAACAUGGGUCAGUUUUGAGCAUCUCGGCCGAAAUACAGUUUAUCCCUGGCGCUCUGUUCGAUUUCAUAAGCAGCCAUCAAUGCUUCAAUUUCAUCCAGUUUGAAACUCGGAAGAGGAUAUCACCAUUGGCGGCGGUGGUUUCUUCUUGUUCGGCUAGGAAGUUAAUCCACGCACUUUUGUCUCACCUCAUGCUUGUUUAACAGCCCUCUUCAGUUCGGUGUAUCGUUUACGGGUAGUAGUCUAAGCCGAUCUGGUUCGUGCUCGCUCAAUACCGGAUUUCGCCUCUCGCCACUCGUCGAUCUUCCUCCAAGUUUCAUUCGAAAUCCACUCCGUCCACCCGCUGCGCGCUAUGCCGAGGGUUUUGCCACUGGUCGUAAUGAAGGCGUUCUUGAUGCCGGUCCAUUGCUCUUCGACGGUUCCACCAGGUGGCAACUCCAAGGUUCAGGACUCAAAUUAUUCGACAAACUUUUCACCUCGAAAUUUUCCAACGUGCGGACAUCGUACCGACUUCCAACUUUCUCCUCCCGUCGUUGGACACGGGCGACGCUCAAACGUAUCUCAGCGAUAACAAGACGAUGAUCGGAUACAAUAUCAGGGCUACGUUUGUUGUGUACAUCUUUGCUUCUUCGCCAUUUUUGGUUGAAGCAGAUGUGGUCGGUUUGGUUUUCUGUUCGGCCGUCGCAUGAAACCCACGUCAGUUUAUGUGCUGGUCUAUGGGUAAAGGAUGAUCCACCAAUAAUGACCAUGCCUUUAUUACCACCAAAUCCUGUUAACACCUCCCCGUUUUCGCUCAUCUUUCCUAGGCCAUGACGUCUCAUGAUGCGUUCAAGGUCCGCGUUGUUUGAGCCAAUCUUUGCGUUGAAGUCGCCUAGGUGGAUUUGGAUAUCCUCCUGGAUUUUCUCAACCACGCUGUUCAGCUGACUGUAGAAACUCUCUUUCUCCUGCAUGUCGACAGCAUCUGUUGGUGCAUCACUAGAUUGCAGUAAGGUUUUUGACCCGUGUACUAUAUCUGGCCACGAUUAUUCUCACGUCGAGAUCCUUCAUCUGGUCGACACAUUUGAUUUCGGUAUCAUGGAACUUGUACCUAAAAAUGGCAGGUUCUCGAAUACGGGCGAAAGCAUUUUUCAGGAUUGACCAGUGCAGGUUGUACCAAUUCAGAUGUCAACCUCUCGUUGAAGAUAAAUUGCAUCAACCUUGGAGCGUUUCAGUAAGCAAAUUUUAAAAUCGUUGGUGAAGGAUAAACGAGAUACGGUCCCAAAUGAUUUACGGUCCCAAAUGAUUACCUUGUGGGAUACCAGACGUGGCCGGAAAUGCAUUUGAUUGAAAACCUGCAACUGCCACAAUCAGUUUAGACCUACGAGGUAGGAACUAAUUCAACGCAACAUACUGCCGGUGAUACCGAGUCUUUCCAAUUUAGCAAUCGCAAUAGCAUGAUUGAUUUUGUCAAACGCCGCAAACAAAUCAGUAUAGAUGAUUUUAUGUUGAUCAUCACUCAGAUAUUGUUUAUAGCGUGUGAGUACGUGACGAGAUUUCUCGGCAGUUGUUGACAUCUUUCUGAUAGCCCACUUGAGAUGGAUGAACCAAACACGAGUCGGAGGCGAGUUAGCAGAUUUUCAAUGUAUCUGGGCCGGUUUUAGUCGAAAAUGUUAACGUUGUGUCGGCUCGAUAGAUCUUUUCGUCACCGAUGUUGAGCGUCAUUAGCGGAACAUAGCAAACACUUGGCCGUCGCAAAAGCUUCAUGUGAAUUUAUCGGCAAAGAGUUGGCAGACAUACUGGGGCUCCGAAGCAACCGAUUUAUUAAGGGUCGUAGUUGAAAAUGUGCUCGAUAACAUGCUUUCAGGUAGUUCGUGGUUUCACCUUCAUAUUAAAAAUUCGAUACGUAAUUUUGAAAUAUUCAGUCACAUGUUUAAUUGAAAAUUGUUCAGUUAGUUUAAGACAAUUUGUCUUACCGGAAAAAUGGUCGCAUAUUUGUCAGAACCUAGGUCUCGAAGCUCUAUCUUCUAUGCAAAAAAAAAAAAAGUUUUGAAAAUUACAAUUUAAAUUUUUAAAAUUAUUAUUCGUUUUAUUUGAGUGGAAGAAACUAUACAAACCUUUUACAGUUUAUUUGUAAGACUUUUGUUAUAAAGGACACACGGUGUAAAAAUUUCUGUGCAAGUCGAAUCAUACUGGGAAUGCAUCUGGGGAAAUCAAAAAACUCGUAUAGCUUAAAAAAAUCAGUUUUAUUAUUGUCACAUUAAACAAAACUUCUUUAUAUUUUGUUUUAAAAUUAUUCUACAACACUAUUUGCUCACAAUUGAUAUGUCUGCUGUUUGCUACUCUUUUCGGUUGAGAGACAAAAACAAGAAAAAAUCUCUGCCGCUAGAACAUGUAAAAUAAAAGAAGUAUAAACGAGUCUAUCCUUACGUUACGAAAAUUAUAGCUUAUAGUUUAAGUAUCAUUUAACAUUAAGAGUUUAUCUAGCAAACAAAUGCAGUUAUACCGAUCAAUUUUAAAUUGAUGAAAACUUAUUCAGUUUUCACAGCAAAAGGAAAAUAUAGAAAAACUAAUACA